UCUCCCCUCCCCUGGCCACUUUCCCCUGCAGACUGUGCGGACAUCUUGGCAGCAGGAACGACUCUCCCAUCAACAAUAUACCCAGAAAGCACCCCCACACCCAACCCCACCACCAUGCCCACCCCCAACCGCCCCCUCCCCACCACCGGCGGUAGCAGCCGGGGCAGGGUGAGGCCAGGCCGUGCCUUGCAGAGAAAAGCACACGUGUCCCCUCGCGCCUCCCCUCAAGCCUCCCCUCAUAACUCCCCACACGCCUCACAUUACAAACGAGAACCAGGCAAGUGCUGGAGCAGGGCAGAGCUCCCAUGCUAUGCGGCCAAUGCUGGAAGCACAGGAGGUGAAAUGUCAGAGAGACUCGAGAUGAAGAUGCGUCAGUACCACACAUACCGAAGAGAAUGCCUGCUGAAAGAACCUAAAGAAACCCUCCGAGCGACUCUCCUCUCCAACAAGCCCACGCUCUGCCGCUACUUAGUCUACUACCACACGCGGGACGGGCAGGGAAACCGGCUCGUGUCUCUCAUGUCUGCCUUUGCCUACGCGCUCCUGACGGACCGAAUCCUCCUGCUUGCGUCUGGUAGCGGCCUGGCUGAAGAAUACUGCGAACCGUUUGAGCAUGGGGCAUCGGCAGAGGCCGGUCAAGAGGCAUUGGAAAAGGCGGGUGAAGAUGCGUCGUGGGUGCUUUUUGACGGGCCGGAUAGGGAGAAGUAUGUGUGGAUGCUGAGGUUUAAGGUGGCUAAGGAGUGGAGGAGCGUGCGCGAGGAGGAGGAGAGCGGUUCGAUGGUCCCACCAGUAAACCGCAUCUGGGCGCAACUCACCCGCCGCUUCCACUCCCUCAUCGCCCCGGCCUCUGCCCGGAUCGGCCUGCAGGGGCGGUUUCAGAAGCAGGCGUUAGAGAGGGGGAUUCCCUGGGAGACCAAGGCUAUGGGGCGGUGCUUGAUAGAGGCUCUGAACUCCUCGUCUGUGCAACAGGCACGGGAGGUACGGCUAUCGAACCGAGGUGGUACCGGUGGUGAUGGCAACAGCGGCAGUGGUGGUCUUGGGUGCAGUGCGGUUGGGAGCGAUUCUCCGAGCGGUGUGACUGAGGUGAUGGUAGCGUCGCUCAGUCCUGUGCUGGCUCACAACCUCUCAGUGAUUGUAGCAGGCAGCGUGCCAGGAGCACAGGUGACCGCGGGUAGCGACACCCCUUGUGCUGCCACUGCACAACUUGAAGUGCCUCCCAGUAUUGGUGUCAAAAACCCGGCGGGUUCCCACGUGCACAUUGCUCGGCUGACGGUCGACGAGUCGGAAAACAACACCGACACCGCACUGGUUGAUCGGGCCAUUCUCGAUAUCUACACGCUCGCUCUCUUUUCCGAUGCCCUUGUAAUCUCCCGCAACUCCACCUUUGGGUACGUCAGCGCGUCUCUCUUCGGAGUUCCCUAUGUUUCCUUCGUGGGGCCCACAUGUAUCCGAGCAAUAACUGAGCCGUGCUUGCACUUCCCGCCCAGUAAUGACCGGUGCCCGGAUGGGGUUCCCCAGCAGCUACAGAUGCUGCUGGCUGUAGCGCCGGAUGUGCCGCUCAUGCCGUGUGCAGAUAGACCCAGUGGGAUUGCCGUCCGCCCAUUGGAGAUGUGA